AUGCAUCAACGAUCCGAAUCAAACUACUCCAAUAAUUACUCAUUACUUGAUAUGUAUAAAGAAGAUUCUGAGGAUGAACAAAACACACUCAAUACAUCAAAAUUAGACUCGAUAAAUCAGCAGACAACUAAGGAGAUUCUUAACGGGGACUUUGAUAGAUACGGGUUUAAAAAAGUAUCAGUUCAUCUGAGUAUCACCAAUGAAACAUAUAACGAUUGGUUUAAGGAAUACGCUGAAUUCUUGAAAGAAAGAAAGACCAAAUGGGUGAUGUUAUUGAAAUCUAAUGGCCUUCAGGUGGACUCGGAAAAGACUAUACCUAGCCGAUUUCCUCCAAAAUCGGAUAAGGUUAAGAAGCUUAUACGCAAAGGCAUUCCUGGUGAGUGGAGAGGGAGUGCUUGGUUCUUCUAUGCUGGUGGAUACGAAAAGUUGAACAAGCAUGUGGGAGUAUAUGACAAAAUAGUCAGAGACACCAAAAAUUUACAGAACAAGGAUACAGAUGUGAUUGAAAGAGACUUAAAUCGAACAUUUCCUGACAACAUUUACUUCAAUGGGUCAUUGAGAAGCAAUCAGGAUGGUACACCAGGGAAGCAGAAACCGCAAUCACAAGAAGAAGAAAAGAAUAGCAGUCCAAUGAUCAGGUCUCUUCGGAGGGUAUUGGUGGCAUUUGCUCACUACCAGCCUCAAAUUGGAUAUUGCCAGUCCUUAAACUUCCUUGCUGGGUUGCUUUUGUUAUUCAUGAGUGAAGAAAGGUCCUUUUGGUUGUUAGUAAUCUUGACCGAAAGGAUAAUUCCAAAGGUUCACUCCAAAAAUUUAGAAGGGGUUCAUACCGAUCAAGGAGUUUUGAUGUUGUGCAUUAAGGAGUAUAUUCCCCUGUUGUGGUCAAUUUUAGGUAAGACCUUCGAAGGAGAGGUAUUAUCUGAAGACAAGAUUCUUACCAAACUUCCACCAGUAACACUAGUCACAUCUUCGUGGUUCAUGUCGGUUUUUGUGGGUGUAUUGCCUAUUGAAAGCGUAUUACGGAUUUGGGAUAUCUUAUGGUACGAAGGAUCCAAGACCAUUUUCAGAUUUGCCUUAACGUUGUGUAAAACUUGUCUUGAGAGUGAAGAAUUUCAAAACGCAAAACCACGCAAGAAGAACACUGAACUAGAACAAGUCGAAUUGUUUCAAUUUAUGCAGAGUUUCCCCAAAACAUUGAUCAAUCCAAAUGUUCUUGUGGAUAACUGCUUCAAGAAAAUUGGAGGAUAUGGUUACGGGUCAAUAUCUCAAGACGAAAUCAACAAAUGCAGGGAGUUUGUUGCCAAACAGAGACAAAAGUUAAAGAAUAAGAGCAACUCUGUUAUUAAUCCCGAGAUGAAUGCUCAAGAACGGAGAUUGUUAACCGGAGACGAUGAUAUUCAUGAUGUUUAUGGAUUCAAUCGUUCUAUAAUGAGUGGCGUCGCAUGGAACAACAAUAUCAGUAACAAAAUGAAGAAGAGAUUUAGUAGAAAAGCAUCAAAAUCGAGUUUGGUAUAGCAUAGAAAUACAAAUUAACCUAUUC